CGUUGUUUUCAACUGUCCGUGGGCGAAGAUUCGGUGUGGCGUCCCUCGAAUAUCGAAAAGGACACUACAGAGGGAAAGUGACUGCGGAGAAGAGAAUGGUAGAAUUUUCAUUUCUCAUUCUGACUGGUGUGGCCUUGUUGCUAAUAGAUCAGGCGACUGGAAACCGUUGUGACAAGAAGCUCGAUUUUGAAGAUACAGCACAGCAAAACUGCCUCGUCACAGUACCGAAGACUAAGGGCAAGAUUUCUUUCUCGACUUCAGUAGCCAAACACGGGAAAACAUCACUGAAAUGGGAGUCGGGCGCCAGAGGAGAAUCUAAAUUGAGGUACAACCUACCAAACUCGGCUUACGUAACGGGAAACGAUCUCAGGAGAGGAGGUGUAAAGAUGUGGAUCUACAAAGACGCUGCAUCUUCAGGACAGAAAAUGGGAAUCAGGCUGGGAGACCGUAGAAACGGACCGCGGGUAGGAUCCUUCCACAUCAACUUGGGUUUUUCAGGCUGGAGAGGAAUAUGGGUGUCAUUCGAUGAAUGCAAACAAAAGAAAAAUAGCCUCAAAGAUCCUGCAACGAUCACUAGGAUGGACUUUGUUCUAAACCAUAAAGAUACCAUUUACAUCGACUUACUUGGGUUGGUAGGAAAAAUGUCUAAGCAAUCACGUGAUAAGAUAGUUCCAACUACGAGAUUUGGUCCAAAGUACGAUUCAAAAAACUUCUGGCAGCAGACUUAUCGCUGGAGUUAG